AUGGAGAAAGCCUGGGCAGCUUACCUCCCAUCUGUUGACCUCCAGGAAGCUCUUCGUACCGUUCGUCAACAUGACGACUCGACUUCGGCAAUGCCGAAGAAGGCCAAGCAUCACCACGACCUAACGCACUCCACUGAACAACCGCCCACUAGUGUUGCCGAGCACAGCAAUGCAGAAGAUUACGAGUUUGACGAGUCACAAGACUUCGACAACUCGACGGAUGGCAUGGGCUUUUUGACUAUAGACCCUCAUAAAGCCGGCUAUACAGGCCCACAAUCUGGCGUAGCUGCAAUGAAGUUCCUGCAGUCGCUCCCUCUUUAUAUCCCCUUGGGUAGCUUCGUCCCGGCUUCGUCUCUGGAUGAUGACGAUAUCUCUGAAUCUGGACCACCGAAAAAGCAAUCGGAGAUUGCCCGCUACCUCGAUGACUAUUUCACGUUCUACCACCCUGCAUAUCCGAUUUUACACGAGGGCACAUUUCGCGCACGGGUAUCCGGUGCAUUGGCCAAACCUCACGACGGAUCAUGGCCGUUGCUGUAUAACAUUGUUCUCGCGAUAGGUGCAUUUGCCGGUGACUCUAAUGGGACGAAGAUGGACAUAAUUUUCUUCAAGGAGGCGCGAAAGCACCUGUCAAUGGAUGUAUUGGAGAAAGGGUCCCUUAGCUACGUUCAGGCAAUCGUUCUGAUGGCCAAUUAUCUGCAGAAGCGAAACAAGCCUAACGCAGCCUUCAUCUUAGUCGGUAUCGGCUUCAGUAUGGCUCUGGCAAUUGGCUUGCAUCGCGAGUUCGGGAUGCCCAGCACAUCGCCCUUCACAAUGGAAGUUCGGCGGCGAGUGUGGUGGACGCUCUUCAUCUUCGUCUCAGGCGUUCAGUUGAUACUAGGGCGCCCGGCAGUUUCCCUUGUCGGUGUCAAUGUUCGACUUCCAGCUAACGUGGACGAUCACGAUCUAGCUGUUGAUAUGGAGGAGCUACCUGAAAGCUCGACAGGUCCAACCAUAACGUCCUGUCUGAUUGCACAAGUCAAACUAGCCAAGAUCGCAAAUGCCAUACAAGUCGAGCUAUUAACGCACCAUCUCCCGACCCCGGCCAAAGCCCAGGACUUGGAGCAGCGCAUUUCCUCCUGGCACAACGACCUCCCCUCUCAUUUCAAUACGGACGUCUAUCUUGAUCCGAAAUUCGAUAUUCCGAGGCAAGUCGUUCUCUGGAGGUCAUAUCAUCUUCGAAUCGUCAUAAACCGGCCGUUCCUCUUCCAGAAUAUCACGUCUAAAUCCGAGCUCGAUACCUCCGCCGGUCCAAUUGCCUCAUGUCUCGCAGCUGCGGAUAUGUGCGUAACUUCGAUAUGUGGCUUCCUUGAAUCAACCGAUAACCGCCAACGAGGUCUAACCUGGUAUGCGACCUGCUGGCUCCUAACUGCAAGCUUUGUCCAGGCCACAUGCUAUGUAUACGGGCCCACCCAUCCUCUUGCCGAUUCUUGGAGGAACCAUAUACAGCGUGCGGUCGAUUGCUUGGGGAGUCUUGGGUCUUCCCACGACAUGGCUCUUCGAGCUAGGGCCGUUCUCCAGAAGGUCCUCGAGCAUGGCCAUGAACGAACCUCUCAGGGAGGUUUCGAUCCCUUCUCCUUGUCGCAAACCGGACCCUUUUGUCUGCCUUGGUCACCAUCUGCCUGGGGCGAGAACUCGGCGUUGUAUAAUCCGUUUGGGCAGGGCUUUGGGGACAAUUUCCGGUACACCCAAGGAUCGUUCGGGGCGGAGUUCUUAGAUGCGGCUGGUGGGUUAAUGAUUCAGAAUCUGUUUGGUAGCUCGGGGGGGCCUCAGAAUAGCUCUUGGACGCCGGGUUAG